AGGCUCCUCAGUUCCUUCCGCGCCGCUUCUAGACUGUUUCCGCCCAACUCCUUUGUGCCGCGCAGAACGCCGAGAUGACGCAUGCGCAAAACCCCCAGCCGCUGCAUAUAUAAGCGCGGACCGGGGUUCUUCCUCGUAGUGCCGGCGGGACCGUUGGCGAGCGAGUGUGUGUGGCAGCUUUCGUGUUACGCGAGCCCUGGGCGCUGCAAGCUAAAGAGCAGAGCACGCGGGGCGGUCAUCAUGUCGCGCUACGGACGGUACGGAGGAGAAACCAAGGUGUAUGUUGGUAACCUGGGCACUGGUGCUGGCAAAGGAGAGUUAGAAAGGGCUUUCAGUUAUUAUGGUCCUUUAAGAACUGUAUGGAUUGCAAGAAAUCCUCCAGGAUUUGCCUUUGUGGAAUUUGAAGAUCCUAGAGAUGCAGAAGAUGCAGUACGAGGACUGGAUGGGAAGGUGAUUUGUGGUUCCCGAGUGAGGGUUGAACUAUCAACAGGCAUGCCUCGGAGAUCACGUUUUGAUAGACCACCUGCCCGACGUCCCUUUGAUCCCAAUGAUAGAUGCUAUGAGUGUGGCGAAAAGGGACAUUAUGCUUAUGAUUGUCAUCGCUACAGCCGGCGAAGAAGAAGCAGGUCACGAUCUAGAUCACAUUCUCGAUCCAGAGGAAGGCGAUACUCUCGCUCACGCAGCAGGAGCAGAGGACGGAGGUCAAGGUCAGCAUCUCCUCGACGAUCAAGAUCUGUGUCUCUUCGUAGAUCAAGAUCAGCUUCACUCAGAAGAUCUAGGUCUGGUUCUAUAAAAGGAUCGAGGUAUUUCCAAUCCCGUUCAAGAUCCAGAUCCAGAUCCAGGUCUCUUUCCCGACCAAGAAGCAGUCGUUCCCCAUCAGGAAGUCCACGCAGAAGUGCAAGUCCUGAAAGAAUGGACUGAAGUUCUCAAGUUCACCCAUUAGGGAAAAGUUAUUUUGUUUACAUUAUUAUAAGGGAUUUGUGAUGUCUGUAAACUGUAACCUAGGAAGGAUAUUUCAACCAUCUAAUCAAAAUAGAUCUGGAUUAUCACUCUGUAAAUUCACAGCAAGAUAAUAUAAAUUUGUUGAAUGUAUUAACAUCCUAUGGUCUGAAAAUGUGGGUUUUUAUUUGGCACAUUUAAAUAAAAUGUUUCUAACUAGAUUUUUGACUUGUGUUCAAUAAACACUUAAUUGGUAAACUUCAGGAGUCAAACAUUGUUACUAACGGUAUUCAUACAGACCUACAUUCAAAGUUUAAUAGUGUUGGUUGUCUUCUUAAAUAUCAUUAGCUCUUCUAUAUAUACACACUUGGCCAGGAUCUUAAGGGACUUUGAAAAUUCCAUUUUACCCUUAGAACUUUGGGUAAGAUGAUCUUGAGUCCCCUGUAAUAGCAUGAAUGCAUCAUAACAAAUCCCUAAAUCUAUUUGGUGUUAAAACAUAUUGUCAGACUUGAUCAAUGAUCAAGUCAGAGGGACCACUGAUUUGGCUAUAAACGAGCAUGACAGGAACUAAGCAAAGCUUAUUAAAUGUGAUAUAAGAAAUAGGGAGAAGCUGAUUUCUGGAGGCUUUUUUAAGUAUAGUAACUAAUUGCAGUUUUCAGGCUAUUGGGUGGGGUAGUGUCAAAUUAGAACUCCCUAUUUUAGGGAGUUCCACUCAAUGUUCUUUUGUUUCUUUGCUUUCGAUACCAGUUAUCCAGUUUUAUACCAAAAGAAAUGCAUGUUUGGGGAAUUGUCUGAAUUUGGGACAAAACAUUUUCAUGUAAACCAGCUUUGCAAAAUUUUCCAGUCCAGAUACUUCUAUUCAGAUGGAUUGCCUUAUUCUGAGCAAAGACCUGUUAAUUUUCCUGCUAGGUUUUGCAGUUCCCAACUACCAACAUUCUUUCUCCUAUUUUGCCAGGCUGGUGCAAAGUAAUUAAUGAUGUCAAUCAGAAAUGUUAAUGAGACUAAAGGGGUUUUGUAAAUCUCACCCAUAUUUAGCAACACUUCAUGUAGCUAAGUUUAUUUGAUAGCAACUGGUAGAACUUAGAAUGUUAUAGCCAAUAGGUUCUUUAUUCAGACUUUAAAUAUCUUAAGUAUAGUAGAGCGGUUAAUAACAGUUUUGAGUUUCCUGGUCAAGCUUUUACCAGGUAUUUAUCCUUGGUGCAGAAAAAGUGCUGGUGGCACAGGUAUCCAGCCUUGUACAUUUUCUUAUGCUUUUCAACAAAGUCAUUAGAUAGUAUUGCAAUUUGGGAAUACUGGUCUGCCUCAAAUUUGGUGGUCUGAGUGAUCACUAGUAUGUUGGAAGUUAUUUAGAUUCUGUGUUUUUGGAAUUUUCACAACUGGCUGAAUUAUGGUUGGUAUAAAGUUUUGUGUGUAAUUGGCAGGCUUAUUUGUUGCACUUGGUUAGCUUUAAUUGUUCUGUAUUAUAUAAAGAUAAGUUUACUCAACAAUAAAUCUGCAGAGAUUGAACAAA